AUGUCUUGGGAUGCAUAUGUAGAUUUACUCGCAAAGCAAACGCACGCAGCUGCUAUUAUCUCUGUAGAAGGGGCACUGUGUGCAAAAACCAAUAACUUCUCUGCUACACCCACAAACAUGAUUCAUUGGUCGAAGAUGCUGAAAGAUCCCUCUCUUGCCCGCCAGCAUGGAAUUCCUUUUGAUCAAAGAAAGCUUUUCCCUUUGGAAUAUUCAAAGAAUUACAUACACGCCAUGCAAGAUGAGUGGAACGUUUAUAUGAAGAAGACCAAUACUGUUGUUGUUAUUAGUGUAUGUGGUGGAGGAAAGCCACAGAUUGAGGCUAAGAAUCAAGUUUUUAACGUUGCCAAGAUUUUAUUAGAUGCUGGCUGUUAG